AUGUCGGAGAUGCAACAGCUCAUCCAAGCGUUGCAAUCUCAAACCCAGCAGCUGCUGCAACAGCAGCAGGAGUCCCACGAGCAGAGGAUACAAGUGAUGCAGCAAGCACUGACUGCGCAGCAUCAGCAUUUCACGCAAGCGCUAGGCAAGUUGAGUUCCUCUGGUGAGCAAAGACUGGGUAGCCUUGUAGACGUUCGCGGUGUUGGGCAGCCUGAAAAGUUGACGGACAAAGUAGCUGAAAAAGAUUUCAGGGUUUGGAAGCUCAAGUACGUCAACUGGGUGCAAACCGCAUUCAAGUCGGCCGAAAAGUUGCUGACGGAUGUUCUUGACGACGAAACCUCAGUUGUAGAUGCUGCACGUUUUCAGAGUUUGACCAGCAAACAUCCGGAUGCUGAGCGGAUAUCUGCCCAUUUGAAUGCAACUCUUCUCUCCGUUUGUGAAGGUAAAGCUUUUGCUGUUGUAGAGAAGAGUUUCAAAGGGCCGAGUGCUGGUUUGGACGCGUUUCGUCGCUUGUGUCAUCGGUUUGAUCCCCAGUCAGAGGAGACAGAUCUUUCUUUGCUAACGCAGAUAGUGAACCUGGGUCCUUUCUCCAGCACUAACCCUACGGAGAUUCUUGCCGAGUUGGAGCGUAGGGAAGAAAUGAUGACCAAGCACGAAACACGCACGUUAGACACACUGUCUGAUGGCUUCAAGCGCGUGAUGCUGUUGAAGAUGUUGGUAGAUCCCUUGAAGACACACAUGCAGUUGAACUUGAAAAGUUUCGACACGUAUGAAAAGGCACGUGCGGAGGUUGUGCACUUUCUUGAACUGCAAGCUCAGACCCAACUAGCGUCGCAGUCCUCGCAGUCGCUUUCUUCAUCCUCCACAGGGCCCGUGCCUAUGGACAUCGGUAGUCUCGCACAGCUUGGUGUCAAGUCUGUUGAGGAGUUGAGCUCUUUGCUUGCUUCCUUUUCCAAAGGAAAAGGAAAAGGUGCUCCGAACCCACAUGGCAAGACUCCUAGUGGCAAAGGGAAGUCUCAGAAGUUUCCUGGUAACUGCAACUUCUGUCAUCGACAAGGCCACAAGGAGGCUGACUGUUGGGACAAGUACCCUGACAAAGCACCCAAAAGCAAAGGCAAGUCUAAGUCUAAAUCUAAGUCUGCGAAGGGCAAGGACAAGAGCUUGAACACGUUGGAUGAGUCCCCUCAGCAGCAAGAGCCGGUUGAAGCUGGCGGUUUUGAAGUAGACCUCGCGCACGUGGAUGGUGACCAUCAGUUUGUUGCUUCCCAGUCCUGGCACACUGUUCAGCAAGGUUGGUCGCGCGUGGAGCUCACUGUUGAUUCCGGAGCCGGGUCUACUGCAAUUCCGCCAUGCAUUGCGCCGAAAGAGCCUGUCCAAGUGAGUGAGACGAGCAAGCUUGGUCGGCAGUUUAAAACUGCAACUGGCCACACGGUUUCGGACCAAGGCUGUAAGAAGCUAAGGGCAUUCACGGACUCUGGGGUAGCUGUUUCGUUUUCUUCCGCAGUGGCCGAUAUACACAAACCGCUGCUUGCUGUGUCGGAUGUUUGUAGCAAAGGUGGCAUCUGUCACUUCGAGGAAGGGAACAGCUACAUCCAACCAAAGGGUUGUUGGAAGAUCUGGAUGGAAGAGACGAAGGGUCUUUACAAAGUUGGCGUGUGGCUGUCACCUUCCAGUGGCGGAGUCGCAAGCGUGGUUCCUUUAGCCCCCUUUAGUGAAGGUGGUGUCUUGGGGCACGACACUGUAAGUCCUCAAGACGACGAGCACGGAGAUUCGGAGCAUGCUGAAGCGCAAGCUGCUACAACUCCCAAAUCUCCAGUUCUGCCCUCGGACUCGGAAGUCCGAGAGCAUUGUCUCACUCAUUUGCCUUUUCGUCCUUGGUGCCGCCAUUGCAUCCGGGGCAAAGCUCCAGCUUUGGCGCACAAAGAGCCUUCAAAUACGGAGUACACCAAGCCGUUGGUGGCCAUUGACUAUUGCUUUUUGAGCAGCAGCGAGGGAAACGCGAGCGAAAGUCCUGUGAUGGUUGUCAAAUCCAAGCCCGACCUGGCUGUCUUUGCGCGCUUAGUUCCCUCAAAAGGCUGUGUGCAUGAGUACAGUGUUCAAGCACUUGCUGACAUUUUCCGUGUGCUAGGCUAUCGCGAGUUUACACUCAAGACAGAUGGCGAGCCUUCCUUGGUGGCAUUAGCUCGUGCAGCAGUUGCCUUGCUUCCUGUUGAAGUCAAAGUUACCUUUGAGCACAGUCCCGUUGAAGAGAGCGAGGCCAACGGUUUUGUGGAGCGUGCCUGUAGAAGCGUGCAGGAACAAGCCCGCACAUUGCUGAGUAUGUUGCACGAACGUUUGCAGUGCGAGUUCCCGGCGAACCAUGCCAUUUUUCCUUGGUUAGUUCGGCAUGCGUCGUGGUUGUUGCAUCAUUUUCACAGAACGGCAUCUGGAAGGAGGGCAGCCAUCCGUAUGUCUGACGCCUUAAAGUUCGGUUUCACUCCACUUUGCGAUGGGUGUGAUAAGUUAAGGCGUGGCCUCUAUGGCAAGCAUAGUGAGGUGGAGAAGUAUGACGAGGAACAGAAAGCCGUGAAGCGAGCCAGAUUGGAGCAACAACCUGGUGAUGUGGCAGUGGCAGCUGAGUCAAGUGCAGCAGUGGACUCUGCUCAGGAGGCAAGGUCCCCAUCAUCCAAACGGCCUGCCGAGCAGCCGCCUGAAGCCAUGGAUGAGAGACGGACUGCAGAACCUGAGAGCUUGGGUCCGGAAGCUCAGACAGCGAUGACGGAUUCUUUCGAGAGCAUGCUGCAAGAGGCCAUCCUGAGUCAUCGGAGCGAAGUAUUCUCAAUGGAUGCUGCGGUUCAGGAGCCCAUUUGCGAUGAACCCAGUUUGUGUGAACAGAGUCAUAGCAAAGAUUGCUGGGACGAGUACUUCGAUGACGUCAGUGGCUUAGGACUCAACUCUCGCUUGGUAGAGAUUGCGAAAAAGGAGGAGCUGCGCAUAGCUGACGAGAUGGGCUUGUGGACGCCUGUUCUGAGGUCAGAACUGCCAAGUGGGACCAAAGUCAUACCUACAAGGUGGGUGCUGGUCAACAAAGGUGAUUCCAAAUCGCCCAGUUACCGCGCCAGGACUGUGGCGAAAGAAGUUAAGGGACACAAGCCAUCUGAGGUUGGUUUCUAUGCGUCGACGCCGCCAACAGAAAGCUUGCGAGCACUCAUUGCUGUAGCCUCUACUAACCCGGAGUAUGUCAUGGAUUUCGUUGAUAUUAGCCGUGCACAUUGGUGCGCAGACGCCACCAGGUAUGUUGUCGUAGAGCUGCCGCCCGAAAUGGAAAUGCCUGAACAUGUCGCUGUUUUGAAGAAGAGUAUGUAUGGCACAAGAGAUGCGGCCCACAACUGGGAGCAACAGUAUACCAAGGUGCUUCUCUCACUUGGGUUUUUACAGGGGCGCGCAUCCAGUUGCUUGUUUUAUCAUCCGCACAAAGACAUUCGACUUGAAGUUCACGGUGAUGACUUCGUGUCUGUGGCGAGAGCUCUAGACAUCAAGUGGCUGCAUGAGCGUUUUCGAGAAAUGUGGAAGUGCAAGUUUUGUGCGACACUUUCAAGUCCAGGACAAAGUGUUCGAAUCCUUGGCCGCUUGCUGUCUCGUGAGAAUUCUGGCUACUCCCUAGAAGCGGAUCCUCGUCACGCAGAGAUCUUGAUCAGCAGCUUGGGCCUGAAGAAUGCCAAAGGCUUGAGCACGCCAGGCGUGAAGCUGCAACCCGAAGAGGAAGCAGAGCUGACGCAGAAGCGGCUCUCACCUGCAGAUACCACUCUGUUCAGGCUUGGUCGUUACUUGAUCUCGCAUCGCCGUAUGCUCUUGUGGUUCGAAUGGCAAGACAUGCCAAGAGACCUGGUUGCAGAGGUUGAUGCUGAUUUCGCAGGGUGUGGCAAGACUCGGAAAUCCACUAGUGGUGGUGCCGUGUUUUUCGGAAGUAGCCCUUUGAGAAGCUACUCUUCGAACCAAGCGGUGAUCGCCUUGUCAACUGGAGAAUCCGAGUUUUACGGCAUGCUGAAGGGAUGCAGUCAAGCCAUGGGUUUGAGAAGUCUCUUCGCAGAUAUCGGCGUUGAAGUCGGUAUCCGAUUGUGCACAGACAGCUCUGCCGGGAAGGCGUUGGCAGAAAAGAAGGGACUGGGCCGGGCGAAGCAUCUGGAGACCCAGUAUCUUUGGUUGCAGGACAGAGUAGCCAACAAAGAUGUAAAAGUGUUUAAAAUAUGUACAGAUGUGAACAGGGCUGACAUGUUCACAAAGCAUUUGCAUGAAGCUCGCGCUUCUGCGUUGUUGUCGGCCAUGAACUGUCGGUUCUCGACAGGCAAUCACUCACUUGCGUUGGCUGUGACUUGA